GACUCUGGGCUCGAGAUUGCUGGGAGGCCUGUGUGUGCGCAUGGCUGUUGGUGCUCACUGAUGCUUCUGUGUAUCGUUCACCUAUCGUAUCUKAAAGUUUUUUGAAGUUUUCCCACAAAAUCUUUAACCAUGACGUCUAUGCCCCUCAACCCCAAGCCAUUUCUAAAUAGUUUGACAGGAAAGCCAGUGAUGGUUAAGCUAAAAUGGGGCAUGGAAUAUAAAGGCUAUCUAGUAUCUGUAGACGGUUAUAUGAACCUUCAAUUAGCAAAUACUGAAGAAUUUAUUGAUGGAGCACUAGCAGGAAACCUUGGUGAAGUACUUAUCAG